UUUCAUACUCGUCAUCUCCGUCAAGCUUACCUUCUCUCUCUGUUUCUCUCUCUACCUCCUCAGCUAUCCCCAUCCCACCCCAUCAACCUACCACCAAAAAUCAUCUACAACUACCACAAACUCAGACACAGAGAGAGAGUUCAAUAGGCGAAGAAUUCAAAGCUCGCUUUCAAUGGCUGUUCCAUUCACAGCUCUGUCGCAUGUUGGGUCGCUUUCUGGUCCACGGAACCUCUCGCAGAUUAAGCUUCUCAGCCCCGCUGCAUAUGCUUCUAUCAAUAAUGUUCGCAAGUCUGCAUUGGCCUCAGAUGCGUCUUUGUCUUCGAGCUUAUUCGCACCGCCUUUGCGUCUCUCUCCUCUCAAAUGUUCACCCAAUACUUCAUCGCACAGGAAAACCGGUAUUCUCAGCUCGGUUCGUGCCUCUGCAGAGGUAGCCGAAUUACAAUCAAAAGUGACACAGAAAGUGUAUUUUGAUGUGAGCAUUGGAAAUCCAGUAGGGAAGCUUGUUGGCAGGAUUGUAAUAGGCUUGUAUGGAGAUGAUGUCCCCCAAACUGCAGAGAAUUUCCGUGCUCUUUGCACAGGAGAGAAGGGCUUUGGCUACAAAGGUUCUGCAUUUCAUCGCGUCAUCAAGGAUUUCAUGAUUCAAGGAGGAGACUUCGAUAAAGGAAAUGGAACUGGCGGUAAAAGUAUAUAUGGUCGUACAUUUAAAGAUGAGAAUUUCAAGUUGACUCAUGUUGGACCUGGAGUUGUUAGCAUGGCAAAUGCAGGCCCAAAUACCAAUGGGAGCCAAUUCUUUAUAUGCACCGUCAAGACACCCUGGCUGGAUCAAAGGCAUGUAGUGUUUGGACAAGUUUUGGAGGGCAUGGACAUUGUCAAGCUGAUCGAGUCACAAGAGACUGACAGAGGUGAUCGUCCCAGGAAGAAGGUGGUCAUCAGUGAAUGUGGUGAGCUUCCAAUGGUCUGAGGUGAAAUUUCACUAGGUCCCAAUUUUCAUGAUUUUCGUUCUACUUUGUGGGGUCAGUCUUCCCAAUUUAGAGGGCUUGUUAACUGAGGCUUUAUUGAACUCCAAGUUUCUUGAUUGAUUUUUGAGGUUAGAGAAAUUGAAAAGUUCUGACCAUGGUGGUGUUAAAGAAUUCUAUACCAGUGGAUAAGAGAAUUUAUUUUUGGAUAAUUCCAUUCUCUUUCUUUUAA